AGGCGCAAGGCAGAUCAAACAAGCAACAAGUAACUUUUGCGCUCGGCUGUGUUGCUGGGUUCGUGCACAGUGUGUUUGUGAAGAUCACGAAGAUGGCGGCGACAGGUGAAGAAGUUCGUGCCGAGGAGGCUUCUGCCGCGGAGGAGGAGGAAGUCGUAGUUGUGGAAUCAGAGGACGAAGAGGAUGAUGUUCAAGAAGAGGGUGAUGAGGGAGACGAUGAUGCCGAACAGGAGGGCGACGAUGACGAGGAAGACGAGGAGGAUGAGGAGGACCCUGUAGACCCUCUGGAUACUGUUAAGGAGAGGUGUGGUCGCACUGCUCUAUGCAGUAGAAUGAAGGCCCGAUAUGACGAUUGUGCCGAGCGAGUCAGCAGUAAAACAAAUACGUCGGAGUCCUGCAAAGAGGAGUUUUUGGAUUUCGUGGAAAGCGUAGAUAAUUGUGCCGCUCGCUAUAUUUUUAGUCACCUCAAGUAGGUGCAGUUGAUAUCAUAGUGGAAUUCGUCUUUCCUGUGCUAGUAGUACCCUGUACGUGCCCAUGUGCUUCCUUUGCUGAUAAGUCUGCUGUGCAUCUUCAAACGCUAAUAAAUUAUUUGUGCUAUGAAAACAAUCAAAUAUUCUCAUUCCAGUUGUCUGAAUUUCUGGUCUCUCCCAACAUCACGCCCAAGAGAUCGAAGAUUACCACAUCAUAAUUUCCUUAGGUUUAGCUGAUUUUGCAAAUUUUGUGAACAAUGCCAUUUUCCACUUUACGAAUCUUCAGAGCACUAUUAUGGUGUUGCGUAAUCUUCGA